GGGAGGGGAAUUUCACGAUCAGUCUCGUAGAAAUGACGGGUCUCAAGUAAACCGUUGAUUAUGAUCGGAAAGAAAAGAAAGAGGGUUAUUGGGAAUAUUCUGUGGUCAAAAAAGAAUCACAAGGAGGGAACCAGUGAAAGUUCAGUUUGUUGCUUGUUGGAAAGUUGAAGCAGCUGACGGUAACAAUCAGUGGGAACUUGCAAACUGCUUAUCCCUAGUCAUUCUAACUGCUCUUGAUGCUGAGGAUUUGGAACCUAUUUUAAGGAAAUAUGAUUGUGACUUCAGGUCUGGGCCAAGCUAGCAUUUACCAUGCGCUGGUGGUUAUAUUUUUGGAGUUUUUUGCCUGGGGUCUCUUGACCAGCCCUAUCAUCAGUGUUCUGAAUGAAGCUUUCCCAAGGCACACAUUCUUGAUGAAUGGCUUAAUCCAGGGAGUCAAGGGCAUGCUAAGUUUCCUUAGUGCGCCACUCAUAGGAGCACUGUCUGAUGUAUGGGGCCGCAAGCCAUUUCUGCUGCUUACGGUGACCUUCACCUGUGCUCCUAUUCCUCUCAUGCGGCUCAGCAUAUGGUGGUACUUUGCCAUGCUGUCCAUAUCAGGGAUCUUCUCUGUAACUUUCAGCGUUGUGUUUGCAUUUGUGGCGGAUGUUACCACUGAUGAAGACCGCAGUGCUGCCUAUGGCCUGGUGUCGGCCACAUUUGCGGCCAGCUUGGUGACCAGUCCUGCCCUGGGUGCCUACCUGCAGGACCUGUACAGUGAGACAGUGGUGAUAUGGAUAGCAACAGCUGUUGCCCUUUUGGAUGUGUUCUUUAUUAUGGUGGCAGUGCCUGAAUCCCUUCCAGAGAAGCUGCGACCAGCCAGCUGGGGAUCAGCUGUCUCAUGGGAGAAAGCCGAUCCAUUUGGAGCUUUGCGAAAGGUGAGUCAGGAUCAGCUCAUCCUGUUGCUGUGCACCACAGUCUUUUUGAGUUAUCUGCCUGAAGCAGGAGAGUAUUCAUCUAUAUUUGUCUACUUGCGUCUGGUUAUGGAAUUUACCAAAGAAAAUGUAGCUUCAUACAUAGCAAUGGUUGGUGUCUUGUCUGUACUAGCACAAACUUUGAUCCUGUCACUUUUGAUGAAAUACUUGGGACACAAACACACCAUCAUGAUUGGUCUUCUGUUUGAGAUCAUACAGCUGGCCUGUUUUGGCUUUGCUACACAGAACUGGAUUAUAUGGACUGCUGGAUGCAUGGCAGCUGUGUCAAGCAUAACAUAUCCAGCAAUUAGUGCUUUUGCUUCUUCACAUGCUAGUGCUGACCAGCAGGGUGUAGCCCAAGGUAUCAUCACUGGUAUUCGAGGCCUCUGUAAUGGUCUGGGACCAGCACUGUUUGGCUUCGUCUUCUACCUGUUCCAUGUCAACCUUAAUGAGGGGAGUGACCAUAAUAUUGAAGUCUUGAAAAAGGACAAUGCAUCCAUGCCAUUUUUUCAGGGGUCCCUGAGGAACCUGAUUCCUGGUCCACCCUUUGCAUUUGGUGCUAUUCUAGUCAUCAUGGCUCUGAUGGUUGCUGCCUUUAUUCCUGAAAGUCCUCAUUCUUCAUUCAGAAAACUCAACUCCUCAGCAUCCAUAGAAAUGAAAAAAGAUCCAGAAGUGGAGAUGGCCUUUACAGAUGGGUCCAAGAAGCAUGAAGUGCAGCCACUCAUGUCAGAUGUGGAUAUCCAGUUAUAGCCAAUCAACGAUGUUAAGUUUCCUUUCAUCACCCCUUCCCAUAUACUGUAGAGCUGUCAGUGUACUGUAGUAAUUUACAUGGCCUUCAGGGGCCAUGUGAAUCAUAACAAGCUUCAGUAUUUAUGUAGAGGUUUUCAUGGUGAGAUCUGAAUUUGAAACACUCAGAUUUGAUGUUGUACCACAUUCUCUGGCCUACCUCUUAAUUCUAUUGUUGUAAAUGUCACCAAACAAAAAUCCUGGAUUGAUUAUUUCAACCCCAACUCUUUCCUUGCCAGGAAGUCAUGUCAUGGCGUGAAUGGACGGGAAGGACAAAGGAAGCCUUAUUUUUAAAAAACUUUGUUGAGAAAAAGGUAACAUAGUAUCAGAAAGUUAAAGACUUAUGGCGGCAACAAAUGCCAGGUGGUCUGCAAGUUAAUGUUUUUGGAGAAUGCUGAUAAAAGGCACACACAAAAUUCCUCAUCCAGCAGAGAGUAAAUGAUGGGAAUGGCUCCAUGCUCUUAUUGUUUGCCGUUGGUUUGAAGGAAUGCUAUUGUGCUGCUACUUUUUCUUGCAUCAGCCUGUAGCAAUGGCAAUGUUAAUUUUGGAUUGACUUCCUGCCAAUCACUUUAUCCUGAUCAUUGUCAUUGUUGCCAUCUUUAUCAUCAUAAGAGACUGUGUUGGAAAAUUUGAAAUAAUUAUUAUUUUCUGUAUUCUGACUGGAUGUAAGGGCUAAAUGUGAUACAAAAAAAAAAAAAAGGUUUGGAUGAGUAUUUUCCCUAUAUGUAGAUUUUUUUCCUUUUUUUUUUUUUCAAUUGGAGAGGACAAAAGGCUAGCUAUUUAUUGUUUGUGUCAGUUUUGGUCAGCAACUGACUGGAUCUCUGCAGCCUGUUUUGCAUCAGAACUUGUCAGGUAUACCUUGUGAUGCAGUAUGUUAUAAAUUGGUGGUAAAUGUAUGAAUUAUAUGUUAUGCGUGUUUGUUGUGCAUGUUUGGUGCAGAAUGAAAUUAUGCACUUUGCUACUGUCCUAAACUAUCUCUGUACUAAAACUUGCUUGGGUUGCUGUCCAUGUUUUGAGAGAUGACUUUUUGCCCAUUAGCAGCUGUCAGGAACUUGGCUGAACAGACAUUGUGUCUAGUCAGUAUAAGUGCAUGCAUGUUUAUAGUGACAGAGAAAAAAAGAGAAGAAAUUGCUAAAAAAAAAAAAAAAAAUUAGGAGGGGAAGCUAGCGUAAGUCUCUGAAUUCCUCUAACUAAGAAUAGGGGUUGUGGGUUUGUAGUUUGCCUGUUACACACAUAAUUUUUUUCUGUGAAUGUGGCACAACUGUGGCAGGGCUGCAGUAGCUUGCCAUUGUGCAGCUUUACUUGCAGACUUGGCAUAGGACACCUGCAAACAAACCUUUCUUCAAAUGCCUAAAAUGUUUCACACUUUUUGUUUCUUAGCUGUUAUUUUUCCGGGUAUUUUCAUGGUUGGCCUAGUUUUUUUAAUGCUUAUAUAAUGCUGCGCUUGAAUUUGUUUUCAUACCUGUGUGCUCAGCAUGUUAGGCUUGACAUUGUUCUUUUUAUCUCUGUGAAGAUUACAUAACAGUUAAUUUUUUAAUACUUCACAUUUUUCAGUUUUUAUACAUAAGCAUCAUUAGUAUCAUGAAUCAUCUGCAGAGUUUUAAGUUGUCUCUUGGAAAAUACUGAAAAGGUAGCUCUUUUUGUGACGGCUCACUGAUUUUUUUUUUUUUUUUUUUUGCGGGAGUGGGGGGAGGAGAGAGGUGUACAAUUUUAGUUAACAAUGAAGUGUAUUUUAAAAGCAACCACCAUCAGCAAGCAAAGGAAUUAAUUCCAAUGAAAAUGUAACACCUUCGAUUUUUAUUUCUUGGCUUUUGGAUCUCGUAUUGACAACAGUAUUAUCUCCCUUACUGCAGAAAUAAAUUAUAUAUGCUUGAACUAUGUUUAACCAUUGGUUGUUGUUUUUUUUAAGGGAUGGGGAUGUGUAUAUGCCAUGAGGGUAAAUAGUUUAAAGUCUAUACAUCACGAAAUUUAUAGGUUUGCAUCAGUCCGUGUAGCACCUAUGUCUUUAAGUUCACAAAUUUCUACAAACAAGGGAUCAGAGGUCAAAGUUUAUUAAAUUUAAAACUAUCAAGAAAUCACUAAGAUCUCUGAUCUUAACAAUUUAGGUGCAGGCCUGUAAAAAUAAUUCAAAUAAGAAAAUCUUUUGUUUGUUUUAUUAUUAUCUAACAUUUUCAAUCUAUUUUUUUCCAUUUAAAAAAUAUUAGUUUAACCACAAAGGUCACCUAAACUUUUCCAUAAGAGAAGAACCUGUGAAGGAAACACUAUUUCAAACAGCAAACAUAUUGUGAGAGUGUAAAAUGCAGGCUAAAAACUCAUUACAGGUGGUGGUGCUUAUAAAGGCUUGUUGUGCUGUAAGUGUUGUAUGCUUAAUGAUAAUAGAACUGGAUCUCCCAUUCUUAGUACACACUUCGCUGGUGAAUUAAAAAACUUCACUAGCCAUACCAUCUGCACAUUAAAAACCCCACAGUUUCCAACACUGCCAUUUUUCCAUGUGUAAACAAAUGAUUUGCUUGCAUACUGCUGCGCAUACCAUUUUCCCUCUCCAUGUGCACGCCCUGGUGAGCAUUCAUCUGUUGACAUUUUGCAUGACUGGCAGACCCUGUUUCCUUUGAUGCCUGGAGCCUGACUUCUUAGUAUUUGAGGUUUGCAUUGUAUUUUGCUGUGCAGUUUGCUGUCACAAAACCAUUUUGAGUGUCAAAUGUGAGGACAGAUAAGUUAUUGUAAGAUAUGGGACAUACAAUUUUUAACACAGAGCUGCAUAUUUUCAAAUAAUGUUUUUCCUCUUGUGAGAUGCACAAAAAAAGGGAAAAUGUUUGCAAAGUGCUAGAUUUUUUUUCAGCUUCAAACCACCAAGAUUUAUGGAAAACAUUCUGGAAAAUAUCUAGACCCUUUCACUAGACAACUGAACCAUUUUUUUUUUUAAUUGUUUUGGAAGUAUAUUGUUUAUGUCAUGGUGCUUUCUAUUGUUGCCAAAUUUUGAAAGUGCCUGUAGCUAUGUAUUCACAAACAUGGCCAGGAAACUAUUUUUCAUACAAAACUUUCAAGAUCAGUGAUUAGGGAAGUAAAAUACUUGUCUCUUUUUUAAGCUUUCACUGUUUUUUGAGAGGGAGAGGGGGAAUUUUCGGCAUGAUGUUUUUUGAUGGAUAAAUAGCUGAUUCUUAUUUUUCCCCACACUUAAUGAAUGUCUCUCAUAAUUUCACAGUACUUUUGGCAGGUGGCCACAUGUUUUUGUGUUUAGUGAUAUAGAAUGGGAAGUGGUUAAAUUUUUUUCCAGCGCAUCAAUUCACUGCUUGCCGUUACAGCAACAUUUAUCGUGGCCUGAAAAUGUUUUCUUUUAUUGCCACAUUCUUGAGUUCUGAAGAGAAUGUUAGAUCAUGUUCUUAGAGCUGUUUUGUGGCCCUGUAUCUGUUGCUCAUUAGGUUUAACAUUGAUUUAAUAGGCGUGUAGGUCACUUAAAUAAUACAUGCUGUUUUGUCUUCCAAAUUACAAGAUAAUGUUGCUUUGCUGAUAUUUGGUGGUUUUUCUUAAGGCAAAAUGGGUUGUUUUUAACGAAACCUGUGAGUGCAUCUAAGAGGACAUUUGCUUUGUAACCUGCAAAAUUCUGGAAUGGCCUUCCACAAUCUUCCUUCAGAAAAACAUUUCACCCCUUCCUAAGCAGUUUGUUAGAUGUCAAUAAAAGCUUGAGGUAUAAGUUGGUUGCAUUUGCUCAGAAAAUUUUUUAUAGUGUUAUUUCUAAUUAAAAAUAAAUUUUGGUGUGUCUGAUUUUAGGUCUUAAUCAAGGCAGCAUAGAAGGUUUUGAGGUUGUUGGCCCUAGUUUAAGUCUCGUCACUUUGUCAGCAACUUUGUGAGGUGUAACUGGUAACACUCAUUGGAGGUGAAUCAGCUGACACAAAAUUGUGAUAUAUGUCUUGUAACUGAUCAUGUAUCAUUUGACUCUUUACACUUUGGAGUUUCUUGCUCAGCUAUCAGAUGGGUGCAGUUUUUGAAACUAAAUAAGUUUGAGUAAACUGUAAAGAGUUCAUCAGAUUUGUAUAACAUUAUGUUUUCAGACAAUCUUAAUCACAGUUUGGCUAUGUUGGUUCAUUUGUCUAUGUUCAUUGCGACUGACAGCAUUAGUUUUAGUGAUAUUUUAGGAGAAGCACCUAAGCUUAAAGCAAAUUUAAAUUUCUGGGCACAGAUUGAGAUAAGCACAAAGGGAGUGAACUGCAGAUGUCUGUUUAUGGCUCACUGUUGGUUAGUAAACAGCAUAACUGAUAUUGUCAGAGAAACAUCUGGCAACUUUGGCUACUGAACAAGGUACGGACCUGUGGCUGAUCACGUUUCUAAUGUGUUGACACUCCAGAGAGGGAGAAAUGCUUUGAUAGCAUUCCCAUGAGCACAGCUAUAUUUUUUGAUUGAAUGUUAACAGAAUGAUACAUUUUUAACUACUGUUGACACAUUUUUUUUCCUGAGAGAUAACGGUUGGGCCUGUAUUUGGUUAUGUCCCCGAAAAAUAUGGUUUGGAAGAUUGACUCCAGCUGUGCAAAUACAAUAAGAGAAUUUAAUUUUUUAAUUUCGGAGCAAAAAUACUUUUGCCAUCUAAUGUUGUUGUCAAGAGACUGUUAUUUGCAAAUGUUACGUGUGUGUCCACAUUACAGAUAACGAGAAAAUGCCAUUAGCAGGGAUAACACCUGCCUUAACACCUUGAAUUCAAGUUUGAGUGAAAGGAGCAUAUUUUUGUGUGUUAGAUGCUGUUUACAAAGAUUUCAUGCUAUUAUACGUGUAUACAAGGAGUUAAUGCUAUACUAUUGCAUGCAUGUACUGUGAAAAUGUGCUCUUUCACUUGUAUACAAGAACUAUACUAUAUACAUUUGUUCAAGGAUAUGUGCCAGGCUACAGGAGUAUAAAUGCUGUUUAAAUGUGUGUUCUGAUAUAGGGCAGUAGAGAGGUUCAAUUACAUAACCCCAUAUAGCCAAGGACUUGGUCUCAUUUCAAAGUUUCUGUUGCAAAUUUUUUUUCUGAACGUUAUAUUUCCUUCACCUCCAUCAACUGUCAAUUUUGGGAUGCCUGCUACAAACCAUGUACGAUGCAGACAGCUACAGUUUCCUUUUGGGUGUUUAUCCUAGCUGUCCUGAGCCUUCUGAAGUGCUUGACGAAAUUUUUGUAUGAUGAACGAACUUGUUGGUGAGCAUUUUUGGUGAAAGAAGUGUGUUAGGUGAUCUCCUUUAGUCUUUGUGGCAAUCAGAAAUUAUUUUGGUGAGAAAGGAGUGAUAACUUUCAUUGUGCAAGCAUUCAGUUUCUGCCAAAAUAAGUGCUUGUUACUGGCAACCUUAAAACUGUGCUGUUCUUGCAUGGUCAUGGUGCUGUUGUUCACCUGUAAUAUUGAUGGUCGCCAGUCUUAAGAAGUCUGUUUUGCAGCAUUUUAAAAUCUGGUUCAUGUGUUUUUCAUCUUUUUCUCAUCAGGACCAAGGAGUGGGUUGAUGUUUUCCUAUGAUUUUUGUGUGUGCUGCAUUCUCUCUUCCUCCCUUUGUCUCUUGCCAUUUGCUGAAUAUUGAUAGUUUACUCUGCAUGGGCUCCUUUCUCUCCUAGUUUGUCUCUGUGUAUGUUUAUGUGUGCGCAUGACAAAGAAAAAUUGUAUAACUGAUUUCUGAUGAGGACAAGUCCCAUGUGAAUGAUGAUCACACAAACUUGAUAAAAAGAUUACUACAGCUGUGAGAGUUUAGUAUUCAUUGUAGGCUUAGUGUUAGUAAUUUGGUUUGAAAUUGUAUGAGGAUGAGGGUAAGAAUAAUCAGAUGAAGAGGCUGAAGAGUGAGUUUAUUUAGUAACAGUAGAAAUUUGUGUUCUCAUGUAUAUGACAGUGAAGAAACAUAGUCACCUAUUUUAAUCAUGCAUGCAUGGUGCAUGCAUACACAGACACACACAGACACAUGUGCACACUGGUAGUUUUUAGUGGGGGGGUUUGGUAACAUUCCAUUACGGUAUUCAGCAUUAGAAGUAAUGCCUCCCAGCUGUUCCUGCUUAUUACAGUGCAAGAGUGAUACAUGUUCAUGUCAUAUUCCCUUCAAAUAUUGUUUUGAAUUAAACAAUCAGAUUAUCAAAAAUU